UAUCCCCACAACAAUUUUCUAUUAUUUAGAUAUAAAUAGAUACCAUGGCCUUGUAAUUUUCUCCACAUUUCAACAUAACUAUUCAUUGCCACCAUGACUCUACUCUCUACAAUUUGGCUAUUACCUCUCUUUACAUUCAUUUAUCUUCAUGGUGUUCUUCCCAUUGAAGCUACUCACCAUGUUUACAGAAACCUUGAGAGUUUAUCUUCUGAUGAAUAUUCCACAAAUCAACCUUAUAGAACUGGUUAUCAUUUCCAACCUCCAAAGAAUUGGAUAAAUGGUAAUUAAUAUGCUCUUAAUUAAUAUUGUGUAUUUUUUGGGUUAAAUAUUUUACAUCUCUCACAGAUUCUUCUCUUGGUUUUUGUUCUUGUUCUUUGACAUGUUAUGCUUAAAUGGAUGUCUGGAUUUGCAGAUCCUAAUGGUCCAUUGAUUUACAAAGGAGUUUAUCAUUUAUUCUAUCAAUACAACCCUAAAGGUGCACAAUGGGGAAAUAUAGUAUGGGCCCAUUCAAUUUCAACUGAUCUUGUUAACUGGACCCCACUAGACCCAGCCAUCUUUCCAUCUCAACCGUCCGAUAUAAAUGGUUGUUGGUCAGGAUCAACCACAAUACUUCAUGGUAACAAACCAGCAAUUCUAUACACAGGAAUCAACAAACUCAACCACCAAGUUCAAAAUUUAGCAUACCCUAAAAAUGUAUCUGACCCUUUUCUAAGGGAAUGGAUCAAGUCACCAGAAAAUCCAGUAAUGGAACCAACUACUGAAAAUAAAAUUAACUCAAGUUCAUUCAGAGAUCCAACCACUGGUUGGUUAGGAAAAGAUGGAAAAUGGAGGGUUCUUAUUGGGAGCAAAAGAAGAACCACAGGGAUUGCAAUUUUGUAUAAGAGUAAAGAUUUUGUUAAUUGGGAUAAAUCUAAGCACCCUUUGCAUUCAGCUAAGGGAACUGGAAUGUGGGAGUGUCCUGAUUUUUUUCCUGUGUUGAAAAAUGGGAUUAAUGGUGUUGAUACAUCAUUAAAUGAUAAUUCUGUUAGACAUGUUCUUAAGGUUAGUUUAGAUGAUCAUAAACAUGAUUAUUAUCUUAUUGGGAGUUAUGAGGAAGAAAAAGACAGAUUUGUCCCUGAUAAAGGUUUUGAAGAAGUUGAAAUUGAAUAUGUUUUUAGAUAUGAUUAUGGGAAAUAUUAUGCUUCAAAAACUUUCUUUGAUUAUGAGAAGAAUAGAAGGGUUUUGCUUGGUUGGGCUAAUGAAUCUUCAAGUGUUGAUGAUGAUAUCAAGAAAGGAUGGUCUGGAAUCCAUGCAAUUCCAAGGGCCAUUUGGUUACAUAAGUCAGGAAAACAGUUGGUACAGUGGCCAGUUGUAGAAAUUGAGAAGCUGCGAGUAAAUCAUGUCAACUGGCCCACCAAACUUCUCAGGGGAGAUGAACUUCUGCAAAUUAAUGGUGUCACAGCAUCACAGGCUGAUGUUGAAAUUUCAUUUGAAGUGAAUGAGAAUGACAUUGGAGAAGCUGAAGUUUUGGAGAAAUGGACAGAUCCUCAAAUUCUGUGUAGCCAAAAGGGUACAUCAGUAAAAAGUGGUUUAGGACCUUUUGGUUUGUUAGCUUUUGCUUCAAAGGGGUUACAAGAGUUCACAUCAGUGUUCUUUAGAAUAUUCAAAUUCCAAAACAAAAACUUGGUCCUCUUUUGUAGUGACCAAAGCAGGUCUUCUUUGAAUAAACAUAAUGAUUUGACUAGUUAUGGGACUUUUCUAGACGUGGAUGUUCUUCAUGAGAAGCUGUCAUUGAGAACUUUGAUUGAUCACUCUGUGGUAGAGAGUUUUGGUGGAGAAGGAAAGGCAUGCAUUACAGCUAGAGUUUAUCCCACAUUGGCUAUCAAUGAUAAAGCAUUCAUUUAUGCUUUUAAUAAUGGAACUACUGAUAUCAAGAUCACAAGUCUGAGUGCUUGGAGCAUGAAGAAAGCACAGUUAAAUGGAAAAUUAUAAAUAAGAAAGUAGGUGUGGAAUAAUGGAUUUCAUAGAGUGAAACCUCAUUUUGAGUUCUUCUAUUAUAUAAUGAAAAUUAACAUUCAUAUCA